AGCGGGUAAGCGAUGACUAGGUCGAAAGUGGUUGAACUUUGAAACGAUCUGAAAGAAUGACUACUAGAUAAGGGGCGUAUUCUCUCUGGUAAUUAUCAUUCACCACCUACAGUGAUCCUUGCAGCACCUCUAAGAAUACGGACCACCACCACCAACAACAACAACAACAACAACAACAAACAAGACAAACAAUAAAACAUUGACAACAUUUAACUUCUGUUACGUCGUAGAUGAGAGUAGCUGAGACUGACGUUUGUUUUCUCUUUCUUGCGUGACUGCUCUGCUCUACCUGUCACGAAAAUUGUUACCGUUGCAUUAUUUUUUUUGGAUCUCGUGACCAGGACAUGACAUUAAGUUACAGCAAGAGAUUAUUCUUUUGGUUACAGCGAUGUCUACUUUGAUUUUCUUUUCAGCCUUGAUUUGGCUUGGUUCAGGCUUUGAGUGCAACCUCAAAGAUUCAACAAGGUCGGAAGAAGAUAAAUUACAGAUCCAUCUUGUUCCCCACACUCAUAAUGACGUUGGCUGGUUGAAAACUGUCGACGAGUAUUUUUAUGGCGCAAAUAAUUCCAUUCAGCACGCUGGAGUGCAGUACAUUUUGGACUCUGUUAUCCCUCAGUUGAGUGCAAACCGGACAAAGCGAUUUAUUUACGUGGAAAUUGCGUUCUUCGAGCGCUGGUGGAAAGAGCAAAACAGAGCCAUGCGUAGGGAAGUGAGGAAACUGGUUAAAGAGAAAAGGCUGGAGUUUAUAAACGCUGGAUGGUGUAUGAACGACGAGGCGGCAACACAUUACAAUGCGAUCAUUGAUCAAAUGACUUAUGGACUGAAUUUCGUGCAGAGGACAUUUGGAUCGGAUGCAAGACCUCGCGUAGCUUGGCACAUCGAUCCAUUUGGUCACUCGUCCGAACAAGCAUCACUCUUUGCUCAGAUGUCAUUCGAUGCUUUCUUCCUGGGUAGAAUCGACUAUGCAGAUAAAAAGCUUCGCCUCGAGCAACAGAGAAUGGAGUUGGUCUGGAGAGGGAGCAGAAAUCUUGGACAAGAUUCUGAUAUUUUUGCAGGGGUGCUCUAUAACGUCUAUGCCCCUCCGCGUGGAUUUUGUUACGACCAAUCAUGCAACGAUACCCCGGUACAAGACGAUCCGAGACUCUUUGAUCUCAACGUCAAUGAAACUGUAGAAAGAUUUGUGAAUGUAACAUGCAAACAAGCAUCGCAGUAUAAAACAAACCACAUCAUAUUGACCAUGGGUGAGGAUUUCCAGUACGAGAAUGCCAACACGUGGUACAAAAAUUUGGACAAACUCAUCAGAUAUCUGAAAGAAGUAAGUAUAAUGCACAGAAUGAGAGUUUGACGUAAGCAUUUUUUUUUGCCCUGGUUCGAGCGAUUCCUGGCUCCCAGGCUCCUUUCAUUGCUGCUUAAUGGUGACUAACUUGUCACGUAACGAAAAGAGUUUUAGCAUGCUUGUUUUUCUAUAGCCUGCGUAGCAGACGUUUCAUAUUCAUUUUCCAGGCAAGGAGAACGAGAAAGCGAGGAAGCAAACGAGUGCGCCUUGGACUGAACAUAAAAUGGGGAGAAGUGGGGAUGGGGUGAGAAAAAAAAAAGGAGGAGAAGGGGAACGGGGUGGGGAGGAAAGUAGACCUUAAUUUUUUGCCCCAAUCUCCUCCCCCUGCGCCUUAUUUUUCCCUACUCGCUCGCAGUUUCGUUACCUUCGCGUGCUUUUGGAAAUGAACGAAUGAAUGAAUUUUCUAGAUCUACCGCAACAUUUUCUACAGCCUCUAUCCGUAUCCACACGUGAAAACCGAUCUCCUGUCCAUUUCAUGUAGUUUCCCUUGUGACCCGGGAUAGCAAGCCUUUCAUGUGAUCCGGACUAACUUGUCAUAUACCAGGGCGCUGACCGGGGAGAAAAUCUCUCCGUAGCCGCUAUAACCUGUCAUAUACAAAGGGGCUGACCGGAGAGGAAAGCUCUCGGUAGCCGCUAUAUCAUUAAAUGUUAACUAUUUAUACUACGGAGUCAUCAUUCCAAGAAACGGUACGUCAGUCCUACUUUUCAGUUAAGGUUACCCAUGUCUCCAGGCUAAAGGAGUGAAGGAGUUUGGAUUUCAAGGUAGAUACUGCAAUCUCGUAUAACAGUUAAAGGUUAUAAAAUUAUCCACAGUACAAUGGUUUCAGUUUCUUUCUAUUUGGAGCAUUCCGUACUAUUCCAUGACCCAAUUAAAUGAGUUAUCUAAUGUGAAGUUUAUAUGAAAUAAUUCAUAUAUGAACUGCGGUAGUAGAUGAAAGUGAAGAAUGAUCAUCGCAGCAGAUUUUCGAAUUUGGGGAAUGUGUGGCUUCAUAGCUCAGUUGGUAGAGCAUCGCACCGGUAUCGCGGAGGUCACGGGUUCGAAUCCCGUUGAA